AAACUUCAUUCGACAUAUUGCAUAAUGCAAACACAUCCACCAGAAGACGUCGCCAUAACCAUACCCCACCAUUAACUUACGAAGUGCCAUCAAUUAUAAGUACUAGUCGCUGUGAAUCUACCACCAAUCAAAGGAAUCAAUUUGCAUCACCUAUCGUGAGAGUUUCUAGUAGAAGGGAUGAGAAUAGUAAUCGAGAUAAUGUAAAUAGUGCUAUUGGACAUAGCUUAGUUAAUGUAAAUGAUUUAAUAAAUAUUACCUCGGCCCUUAAUUUAUCUGCAUCACAAAAUAACAGCGAUUUAAGUAUGCCUGAUAUAGGAGGGCCACUGGAAUCUAUAAAUGAGGAAA